AUGGCUGAGAACGGGAAUGGCCGGCUACCACGAAGACAGUCUUCGUCGCGUUUGGUCAAGCAGUUAGCUGUAGGUUUUUUUAUAUGUUUGAUUAUAGAUGUGGUUAUUAUCUUUUUUUUGUUAAAUUUGAACUUAAAUUUGCUAUUUUUUGAAACUUUAGGUAAUAUUAAGUUUUAUUACAGCGUAGAAUUGUGGUUUUAAGACCUUUUAUAUUAAUUUUUUAUUUUUAGGAUAUGAACAUCGCCGACGACGUCAUGGACCACGGUGAAACUGCGAGGCACGAGAAUCGGUUUGUCUUCGAAUGCGCAUGGGAAGUCGCAAAUAAAGGUAUGUAUAUUUUUGAUUGUUUUCUGUUUUAGAUUGUUAAUGUCUGCAUACUUUUGAAUAUUAUGAUUGUUUCUACUUAAGCUUCUAUAGUAUAAUGUAAUUGUUUCAAGGCUUGCUAAUCUUGAGUUUUUCAGUCGGUGGAAUUUACACGGUUCUCAGAACCAAAGCUCCAGUGUCAACUGAGGAACUUGGUGAUCAAUAUUGCAUGUUAGGACCAUAUAACGAAGAACAAGUAAAACUGGAGGUUGAGGUGAUGGAUCCUGACACGGCCGCGAUGAAAUACACUUUGGACCAGAUGCAAGAAUGGGGCUUCAGAUGUGUUUAUGGACGAUGGCUGAUUGAUGGUUACCCAAAAGUGGUGCUAUUUGAUAUUGGAUCGGCCGCUUGGAAGUUGGAUGCUUGGAAACAUGAGGUAUGUCUUUGGAAUAUUUGUAUUGUUUUGUCUUUUUUAUAGUUUUUAAUUUUGACGUUUGUUUUAGCUUUUUGAGAAAUGUCACAUUGGCAUCCCGUACAUCGAUCGAGAAUCGAAUGAUUGUGUCAUCUUUGGUUUCCUCGUAGCUUUGUUCUUGAAAACAUUUGCCGAUUCUACAGAAGGCCUUUCUCCGUUAGUUGUGGCUCAUUUUCAUGAAUGGCAAGCUGGUGUUGGUCUUAUGAUGGCUAGAUUAUGGAAGGUCAAAGUGGCUACAGUAUUCACUACUCAUGCUACGUUGCUGGGAAGGCAUCUGUGUGCUGCCGGGGCCGACUUGUACAACAAUUUGGACAAGUUUCAAGUAGAUCAGGAAGCGGGAGAGAAGCAGAUCUAUCAUAGGUACUGUUUGGAGCGUGCUGCGUGCUCCAUGGCUCAUGUUUUUACUACUGUGAGGUAAGUGGAGUACAUUUUUAAAAUUUUUGGAAAUGUUACCUAAAUUUGUGUUUUUUACAAUAAAUUUUAGUGAAAUAACCGGAGUUGAGGCCCAAUACCUUCUAAAGCGAAAGCCUGACAUCCUGACGCCAAACGGAUUGAAUGUGGUCAAGUUCGCUGCACUACACGAGUUUCAGAAUCUCCACGCACAGAGCAAGGAGAAGAUCCACAACUUCAUUCGUGGUCAUUUCUAUGGGCACAUGAACUUCGACUUGGACAAAACUUUGUACAUGUUCACGGCUGGUCGAUAUGAGUUCAGUAACAAGGGUGGAGAUCAGUUCAUCGAGUCAUUGGCUAGGCUUAAUCACAUGUUGAAAGUGAGUUUUUUGUUCUGUGCAACAAUUUUGAUGAAGAUUACAAGGUUUUACCUGCUUUAAGGGUUUUGGCGGUAAAUUUGAUGUUUAGAUUGUGAGAUUUUUCAAAAUUUGUGUAAAAAAGUGAAAAUUUUAAAGUAUUAAUUAAAUUUACAAUCUUUUAUAUUAUGUUUGCAUAUUUAAGACUUCGACGGACAAAAGAACAGAAGGUGUUACGGUAAUUGCAUUCAUCAUCUAUCCGGCAAACGCCAACUCGUUCAACGUGGAUUCAUUGAGAGGACAGGCUGUUUGUAAGCAAUUGAGGGAUUCAAUUCAGAACAUUAAAGACAACCUUGGACAGCGAUUGUUUGAAUCUUGUUUGAGGUAAUAUCGAAGCUUUUUUGGAUUGAUAAUUUAAAAUUAACUUUUGUUAUUAAAGCCUUCUAAAUUCGUAUUUUUAGAGGCCACAUUCCAGAAGUAGAGGACCUUAUUUCGCCCACCGAACGCGUUUCCCUAAAAAGAUGUUUGUUGAGCUCAAAACGAGACAAUCUUCCGCCAAUUUGUACGCAUAACAUGGUCGAUGAUGGCAAUGAUCAAGUGCUGAAUGCCUUCAGAAGGUGCCAUCUCUUCAACCAAGACCACGACAGAGUCAAAGUCAUCUUCCAUCCUGAGUUUUUGAGCUCGGCGUCACCACUGAUUGGUUUGGAUUAUGAGGACUUUGUCAGGGGAUGUCAUAUGGGUGUCUUCCCGUCUUACUACGAGCCAUGGGGCUAUACACCAGGUAGGGUGGCGCUUUGUAAUGAUUGUUUAGGGUUUUGGGAUAAUUUUUAAAAAUUUCUUUUAGUAUCAGUCGAAAUCAAAUAUUUUAUAAAUAAUUUUUUUUAAAAAUCUUGUUUUCUUUAGCCGAAUGCACAGUACGCGGUAUUCCAUCAAUCACCACGAACUUGUCUGGCUUUGGAUGUUUUAUCGAGAAGCAAGUUCCUGACCAUGACAAUUAUGGUAUCUUCGUUGUGGAUCGUCGUUUCAAGAGUGGCCACGAGAGCGUACAGCAACUGGCCGAGAUCCUGCUCAACUACUGUUCAUUGAACCGAAGACAGCGCGUGAUUUUAAGGAACAGAACGGAACGUUUGAGUGAACUGCUCGACUGGAAAACUCUUGGAGGGGUAAAGUUUUAAAUUUUUUUAAAAUUUAUGGGGUAAUAGGUAUAAUUAUGAUAGUAUUGGUAUUAAAAGCUUGCAAGUUGCAAUCAAUUAUUACGUUUCAGCUGUACCGUGAGGCCAGAAGAAUGGCUUUGAAGAAGCUCUACCCCGACCUGGAGAUCAAGAUUACGGAAGCCUUGGCCAAGAUGCCACGCCCAUUAUCAGCCCCAUCGACUCCACGAUCCUCAGCCCCACCGUCGGCCGAAAACUCGGACAAUGAAAGUGACACGGCUGAAGCAGAGGAGCACGAGAACAUUCACUGGCACAUCGAAGGGUGA